UUCUUCUCUUGAACUUUUUGGCAUUUCAUUUUGUCUUUUUGGAAGAAAGGAGAGUGGAAGAGCUAAAAAAAAAAGUAUAGUAGGAGAAAGAUAAAAAAAAUUGACAAGAGCAAUAAGCAAAUCAAAGAAAUAUGGGUAGAGCUCCUUGCUGUGAGAAGAUGGGAUUGAAGAAAGGGGCAUGGACUCCUCAAGAAGACAACAUUCUCAUCUCUUACAUUCAAAAUAAUGGACAUUCCAAUUGGCGUGCCCUCCCCAAACUUGCUGGACUAUUGAGAUGUGGGAAGAGUUGCAGACUGCGAUGGACUAAUUAUUUGCGUCCAGAUAUAAAAAGGGGAAAUUUCACCAAGGAAGAAGAAGACACCAUAAUCCUGCUUCAUGAAAACCUUGGCAAUAGAUGGUCUGCAAUAGCUGCAAGAUUACCAGGGCGAACAGAUAAUGAAAUAAAAAAUGUUUGGCACACCAACUUGAAGAAGAAGCUCAAAAAUUAUCAACCUUCUCAAAAUUCCAAAAGAGGCUCCAAGAUUAAUCAUGAUUCCAACAAGGGUCCUACUACUUCAGAAUCCUCCAAUAAUUCUGAUUUUAGUACUAGUACUAGUAGUACUAAACAACACAUUAAAAUUGCCCCUAGCUCACCACAACUUUCAUCUAGUGAAAUUUCAAGUGUGACAUUGGUCGUUGAUGAUCAUCAAAUGGUCAUUAUAAAGGAAGAAAAAAUUGAAUCGUCAUCGUCGGAGGAGUAUUUUCCCAAUAUCGAUGAGAGUUUCUGGACAGAUGAAUUUUCAACGGAGAAUAAUAACGACUAUGUUAUGGCUGCUGGUCAUGAUCAAGAAAUACAAGUGAUGAGGGAAGAAAAUGUGGACAUAUUUAAGACUAGUACAAAAAUGGAGGAAGACAUGGACUUUUGGUACAAUGUUUUCAUAAAGACAGGGGACUUGCCAGAAUUACCGGAAUUUUGAGGGGUCUAUUUUGAUUAUUCUGUAAAUUUGAGAUUAGUGGUAUUUCUAGCUAAUAGGGUUUUAGGAAUUGUUGGAGUCGGCAAGAUUGAAAUUUCAUGUUUGUUUAAUCUUGACUAUUAUUUGGAGCGGGCCCAAAAAAUAAAAAUAAAAUAAAAU